GACCAGCAGAGCAAACUCCUGAAUUAAAGGGCCGUGCACCGGGUGUAAUUAACCAUCGAUCCGGAAAGAAAGAAAGAAAAGAAAAGAGAAGAAAAGAAAACUCUCUCUCUCUCUCUCCCUCUGUUUUUACCUCGCGCUGCUCUGCCUUCCCCAUUAACCGCGCCUCUGACGUCACGGGGCGAUUAGCGUCUCUUAUUGGUCCCGCGAGCGCACGGAGGAGUCCUAACGAGCAGGGCUCGCGGAGGAGAGGCAGCAGCAGCGGGGUCCACAUCUCCGCUCCGGACCCGCGAACGAGAAGCACCUCGGCCGGCACAGACCCCCCUUCCCCCCUCCCCCCCACACCCCCGGUGUCCGCCGCGUCGCGAGGCUCCGCUGCAAGAGCCGCACGGUGGCCGCGGGAGACGGCCGUUACCCCGUCCUCCUCCUGGUCCUGGUCCUGGUCCUCCUCCUCAUCCUCCUCAUCCUCAUCCUCCUCCUCCUCAUCCCGACUUUGUGGUGGUUGUGGCUGGUUGUUUUUCUCUUGACUGCAUGUUCAGCCACACUGCCCCCCUCUGCAUCUUCACUUCGGCGCCGCCGCAGCCCCGGCGACGAGCAUGGACAGUCGGGUCCUCGAGCAUCCUCACGCCCCGUUCGGAGGCUCCCUGGGCGGGCUGGUGGGCUUCCCGUACUCGCUCGGCCCCCCCCACCACCACCACCACCACCAUCACCUCCACCAGCACCACCAGCAGCAGCACCAGCAGCAGCAGCAGCAGCACGUCUUCGAGCUCGCCGGCGGGCACCAGCUGCAGUCCGCCGCCGCCGUGCCCUUCUCCAUAGACGGAUUACUUAACGGCGCCUGCUCGGCCUCGGUGGUCGGCGCCGGCUCGCUGCUGUCGCCCGACAGCCAGCAGUUCAAACUCUCAGAUGCCGGGGACCCGGAUAAGGACAGUCCCGGCUGCAAGCGCAGACGCACGCGGACCAACUUCACGGGCUGGCAGCUGGAGGAGCUGGAGAAGGCGUUCAACGAGAGCCACUACCCGGACGUGUUCAUGCGGGAGGCGCUGGCGCUCCGGCUGGACCUCGUGGAGUCCAGGGUUCAGGUCUGGUUCCAAAACCGACGCGCCAAGUGGAGGAAGAAGGAGAACACAAAGAAAGGCCCGGGGCGGCCCGCGCACAACUCCCACCCGACCACGUGCAGCGGCGAGCCCAUGGACCCCGAGGAGAUCGCGCGGCGGGACCGGGAGCGGGCCGAGAAGAAGAAGCGGAAGCAGGAGCGGAAGCUGCUGAAGUCGCAGAACAAGCUCCUGCCGGGCGACAGCCUCCACACGCCCGGCGGCUCGGAGAGCGACAGCGGCGUCUCCCAGUACACGGACAGCGAGCAGCCGCCGCCGACCACGACCACGACUCUUAGCGGGACUAUUCACAUCGAGCUGCCGGCGACGAGGGGCGCGGGCGGACACCAGACCGACUCCAGCCUUGACCAUACGAGACACGACUUGGGCCGACUGCAGGACCACCACCGAAACCAAAGAACCGCAGGGGAGCUGGAGCAGGUUUCUCCGGGCAGCACGCACAGCUCCAGCCCCGGAGGCCCGAGGUCCUCUGCCCUGCAGAAGAGGAACCCGUUCAGCGUGGAGAGCCUCCUCUCCGACGCCACGCCCCGACGGAAAUCCCUGCUGGACUUCCCCUCGCUGCCCAGUCAGAGGACGCUGGUGGGGAAAGGUCACUUCCUGCUUUACCCCAUUACACAUCAGCCCCUGGGCUUCUUGGUGCCCCAGACGGCCCUGAAGGCCACGCCGUGCCAGGACAACUUGAACAGGCUCAGCCUGGGACAGAGGUGUGUGCCGGGCGAGGCGAGCCCCGCUCCCGCCGACCUCUCCGGCUUCGUCGCCGCGAAGCCCCUGAACUCGGAUCAUACGCAGCAUCACACGCACCACAAUCACAUUAGCAAUAGAGUGGACGGAGCGGACGCGGACGCGGAGGAGGAGGAGGAGGGCGACUGCGCCGACGACGGCCGAUUCCCCGUUUCCCCUCUGCCGCACGGCGCGGCCCUGGCCCGGCUGAGCACGUCGGCGCAGUCCGGCGAGGAGAGGACUCUGAGAGUUCAAACGGAGGUGGAGGCGGAGGCGGAGGCGGCGGCGGCGGGCGGCGGUGGCGGCUGCCAAGCUGCUGCGGAGCCGAGCGCCGAGGAGAAGGGCGCGGGCGAGGAGCGCGCGUCUCCAGACCUCUCCGGGUGUCUCGAGGCAAACACAGACUGUCAAGAAGCGCCCGCGACAGACGGCGAGGACGUCGAUAUGGACUAACACUUUUGCGAGGAGCGAACACAAACAAAAAGGAACCAGGAACACUGCAGCUCACACACACACACACACACACACACACACACACACA